AUGGCCCCCCGUGGAAGAGGAGGCAACUUCAGAGGCCGUGGAGGUCGGGGGAGAGGUAGAGGCGGUCGAGGCAGAGGAAGAGCAACAAGCCGGUUUGGACCUAAUCGACGAUUUGAUGGAGCUCGACUCGCAGAUAAUGAUGAGUCAGAAAGUUCUGGUUCCGAAGCAGAGUCUGCUCCUGAAGACGAAGUGAUGGAGGAUGUCGAUUCAGACGCCGACGACGAUGAUGAGCAGACAUCUUCUAAACCCUACAUGGCUCUUCUGCAGAGCUUCACCGAAAACAACGCACCCAAGGCCAAGCGACGGAAAUUGGAACACCAAGAAGCUCAAGGACAGCCUGAAGAGUCCUCAGAUGACGAGGAGGAGGCCGACGAAGAAGAGGAAGAGAAGGAUAUUGACCGAGCCGAGGAAGAGCCUGAGGAUCAAGACGCCGAGGAGCAAAUAGAAGACGACGACGAUUCAGAAGAUGAGGACAACCUAACGGAUCCCUUCGACACGCAUUUUGCGCAUCCCGACGACGACACGGUCGCAAAGAGAGUCAAGGCAGUACAAAAGGGGGAGUGGGCGACCAAGAGGGCCUUGAUACAGAAUCUAAGAGCCACCGUCACAUAUCCCAGCUCGGAUGCAGGAUCCGAGGUACCCAAACCUAUGGCCGGUCUGGACGGCCUCAGCCUGAAGCAGAAGCUCAAGGAGACGGCAGCCCGCAAGAUUGGCGAGUUCGAUGCUGCGCAGCGCGCGUUCAGCCCCUUGCUCUUCAACUAUAGCGAUGUAUUGCAUUGCGACCGCACCGUUCGGAACUCGGAUUCCUUGCGAAAGUUGACAUGUCUCCAUGCCCUCAACCACGUCUUCAAGACACGAGAUCGAGUCAUCAAGAAUAACUACAAGCUGGCCAAGGAAGGACAGGAUACGGAACUGGAGCUUCGAGACCAGGGCUUCACCCGUCCGAAGGUGCUCUUCCUCCUCCCCACUCGCAACUCGUGUCUCCGAAUUGUCAACAUUAUUCGUGAUCUCUGCGAGCCAGACCAGCAAGAAAACCGCAAACGCUUCGAAGAAGGCUACGUCGACAAGGAGGCCAAGUUUGGCGAUGACAGGCCAGCUGACUUUCGAGAUCUCUUUGAGGGCAGCGAUGACGACAUGUUCCGUCUGGGCAUGAAGUUUACCCGCAAGACGAUCAAGUACUUUUCGCAGUUUUACAACUCGGACAUUCUCUUUGCCAGUCCUCUCGGUCUUCGAAUGGCCAUUGGAUCUGAAGAGGACAAGAAGCUCGACUUUGACUUCCUGAGCUCAAUCGAGAUGGUGGUUGUGGACCAGGCCGAUGCUCUCCUCAUGCAGAACUGGGAGCACGUCGAGUUCAUCUUUGAGCACCUCAACCUUCAGCCCAAGGACGCCCACGGCUGCGACUUUAGUCGUGUGAGGAACUGGUACCUAGAGGACUGGGCAAAGUACUUCAGACAGACCGUCAUCUUGUCUGCCUUUAACACGCCUGAGCUCUCAGAGUUGCUCAGACUGCACUGUCAUAACUGGGCUGGAAAGGUCCGCCUGCAGCCUGAAUACCCCGGGUCACUGUCACAGCUCGGCGUCAAGCUGAAGCAGACCUUUUCGCGGUUCCAGUCUAGCUCGGUUGACAAGGACCCUGAUGCCAGGUUCGAGUACUUUACCUCGGCCAUUGUGCCUUCGCUGGCCAAGCGGGCAAAGGAUGCUACUGGAACUCUUAUCUUCAUCCCUUCAUACCUCGAUUUUGUCCGUGUGCGCAACUACUUUGCGACCUCAACUGCUGUCGAGAAUGUCACGUUUGGAGCAAUCUCAGAGUAUGCAGACGUCCCUGAGGCAUCUCGUGCACGCUCCCACUUCCUUAACGGCCGCCACCGUGUUCUACUGUACACUGAGCGAGCUCACCACUUCAGACGGUAUCAGCUCCGCGGCGUGCAGCGUGUCAUCUUCUACGGACUGCCCGACAAUCCCAUCUUCUACAAUGAGAUCGCGGGCGGGUACCUCAGCAAGAGUGAACAGGACAUGAGGCUCGAACCUGGUCAGGGGAGCGUCAAAGUUGUGUUUUCCAAGUAUGAUGUCAUGAAGCUGGAGCGCAUCGUGGGCUCCAAGAGAGUGGGCAAGAUGAUUCAGGAGCGCGGUGAUACCUUUGAGUUUAUAUAG